AUGACAAACGAUGUAGCAAGGGUUUAUUUCGUAGACAACCAAGGAAAUUCAACUCAACCUCCAGCGGGUACAGUUUUACAUAUGUAUGGUUAUGAAAUUACGCAUAAUGAUACCAAAAUUUUUUGUAUUAAAAAUCAAAAGCAACAAGCAUUAACAGUCAUUGAACAAUAA